AUGUCUUCUUUGCAAAAGGAUAUAUUUAAAAAAGGAAAUAAAAGUACUGCGUUGUCAGAACCAGAGCUGAGAAAAGCAACUUCAGAAGCUUCUCUAUCACCUUAUGAUAUCCAGAGCAAAGCGGAAAACAAUGGUGGUCCAUUAUUUGUACUUCAUCACGGUGCUGGAUAUUCUGGUUUAUCUUUUGCCUUAGCCGCUUUACAUAUUAAAAAUUUAACAAACAGUGAAUUUACUAUAUUUGCGUAUGAUUGUAGAGGCCAUGAUGUUUUGAAAGCAGCUUUUGGGGAUGAUGUUAUAACAAAUCGAGAAAUUUUCUUGGUGGGGCAUAGUAUGGGAGGUUGCGUUGUAGCAGAUGCAGCAUCAAAAAACUUAAUACCUUCCGUGACUUGUAUGGCUGUGAUCGAUGUUGUUGAAGGGUCUGCAAUGGAAGCACUUUCAGGUAUGCUAAACUUUUGUAGAAAUAGACCGAGUGAAUUCAAAACCGUAGAAGAUGCGAUUCGAUGGAGCAAAAAGUCAGGUACAAUUCGCAAUCUUGAAUCGGCCAGAAUUUCCAUACCUUGUCUAUUAAUCGAACAAGAAACUUGUACAAACAUAAAAAAAUAUACUUGGAGAACUGAUUUAGCUGCAACGCAACCACAUUGGAAAGGGUGGUUUUCUGGAUUAUCUGAAAAAUUUCUGUCCCCCAGCGCUGCAAAAUUACUUAUCCUUGCCGGUACCGAUCGAUUAGACAAACCGUUAACAAUUGCUCAAAUGCAAGGAAAAUAUCAACUAAUGGUAUUACCAGAAGCAGGACAUAUGGUCCAAGAAGAUAUACCAGAAAAAACAGCCACCGCUUUAUUAGACUUCUGGAAAAGGAAUGAAAAAUUAGUGUUACCAAAGAAGCCUUUUGUAGUUGAUAAGUAA